AUGUGGUACCGCGGCGGUGCGCGCGGCGUGGGGAUGUGGCUACUGUUCGGCGGCGCUGGCGGAGGAGCGGACGCGGCGUGGUGCUACCAAGGUAGUCUGGGCAACAAGUCUGUGGCGAAGCUACCGCGCCGGGAGGUGGGCGAGGGCGAGGCGCUGGAGUGCGUCAUAUGCAUCACGGAGCUCGCGGCCGGGGAGACGGCGCGCGUGCUACCUCGGUGCGGACACGAGUUCCACGUCGACUGCAUCGACAUGUGGCUCCACACCCACUCCACCUGCCCGCUCUGCCGGGGCGCCGCAGGCGACAACGACGACCCGCACGUAGGAGUAGGAGGGCGUGGCUGCCGCUGCUCACCCGAUGAGUAG